AUGGCCGACAGAAACAGCCGGGUCACUGUUAAGAGGAAAGAAAAGAAGGUAGAAAAUAAAACGAGUGAUGAGAAGGACAAAGAAAAGGGAAAAGAGAAGGAGAAGAGUGUGAAAAAGCCAGACAAAGUUGUGAAAAAGCCAGAGAAGACCGCCGAGCAGCCUGAAGAGAAGAAGAAGGAGGAAAGUGAAGGCGCAACAGGGGCAGAGGCAAAAAACGGUGAAGAAAAUGGAGAGUAUCAGCCCAUUGAACUGCCACCGUUUGAGAUUAUCACAGGGGAACAGAUGAGCCCGUUCUACUUCAAGUUUCAGUUCAGGAAUGUGGAGUACUCAUCAGGGAGGAACAAGACCCUGCUGUGUUUCAGAGUGGAUACACCAGGAGGCAGCACAGAGCCUCUAAAAGGUUAUAUGGAGGAUGAGCAUGCCACAGCUCAUGCGGAAGAAGCCUUCUUUCAACAAGUGCUCCCUGAUGCUUCCAAGGAGUAUGAAGUCACAUGGUAUGUAUCAUCCAGCCCCUGUGUAUCUUGUGCAGCUAAGUUGGCCACCAUCCUCCAGCAGCGCAAGAAGGUCCGUCUCUGCAUGUUCUGCUCUCGUCUCUUUGACUGGGAAGAGCCAGAGAUAGUAGAAGGGCUCCGUACUCUGGUGAACGCCGGCUGCAAGCUGAGGAUGAUGAAGCCGUCUGACUUCGUGCAUGUUUGGGAAACCUAUGUGGAGAAGGAGGAAGACACCUUUGCACCCUGGGAGGAUUGUAAGGAGAACUACGACUACUAUGUGGAAAAACUGGCUGAUAUCCUCAAGUAAACCUGUACAUGAUGGCCAUGAUCUCUCCACAGACUGAACCACAAAUUGACCUACUUUGUUAAAUCCACUGGUUGACCUUGUUUCUUGCUGUCACAUCUGAUGGUGGAGAUCAGUUUUAGUUUGAAUGAAAACUGAUAGCAACAUUUUGUAUUUUUUAUUUUGAUAAUUUCAUAGGGAAUCACAGAAUGCGUGAAUGGCAAUGAUUACAUUAUAUAAGCUAUGGAGAACUUACAUUUACUCACACCUGGGGUCAGAUGCAAAAAAAUCACCACGAACAGUGUGCGUGUACAAAGACAGAAAUACACAUUAUUUACCUUGGAUUAGUUAAUCCACAUUUAGGCAUGAUUAUAAAUCCUAGUAAUUGUUGAACUGGGUGCACAUACAUGAGCCUCAUAUCCACUUCCACAGAAAUUCCCAUUUGCAUAUCGAUGCUUGUGCCUGCUCUCAGUCAUUGAGCAUUAAUCAGUGAGAAGCAAAGAAAAAGUGCAAU